CACCACUUUUUUCCUUUCUAUAAAAGCAAAUAAACAAAUAAACAUCUCUGUGCCUAAACCUUCGAAGCUCUUUCUCCCUCUUCCCUCGUCUCGUUCGCAACUCAAACGCAGUCACUGUCUCCUUUGAUCUCUCUCGGUCUUGGUUUAUGAGCUCGAAGGAGAGACCCACUCUAGGUGGUACGCGGAUUAAGACCCGCAAACGGAAUAUAGCAGCACCUCUGGACCCUGCAGCAUUUGCAGAUGCAGUGAUCCAGAUUUAUCUGGAUAAUGAUGGUGAUCUGGAACUUGUUGCCAAGAGCAUAGAGUCUGCAGACUUGAACUUCUCAAGAUAUGGUGACACCUUCUUCGAGGUUGUCUUCACGGGAGGACGCACUCAACCUGGUACGACAAAGCCUGAUGAGGGGGAGCGCCACACUUAUUCUAUUAUAGAUUGUGAACCAAAACGUGAAGCUAUUUUGCCAUCGGUUCUCUACAUACAAAAGAUUUUGCGCCGCCGGCCUUUCCUAAUAAAGAAUCUUGAAAAUGUUAUGCGAAGAUUCCUGCAGUCGUUGGAACUUUUUGAGGAGAAUGAAAGGAAGAAGCUUGCAAUUUUUACGGCCCUUACAUUCUCCCAAAAGCUUUCUGGGCUUCCACCAGAGACAGUAUUCCAGCCACUGCUCAAGGAUAAUCUUGUGUCCAAAGGGAUAGUGCUCUCAUUCAUAACAGACUUCUUCACGGAAUAUCUUGUUGAUAAUAGCCUUGAUGAUCUGAUUGCACUUUUGAAGCGAGGGAAGAUGGAGGACAAUCUCCUUGAGUUCUUCCCAUCAUCCAAGCGCUCUCCGGAAGGGUUUUCUGAGCAUUUCACGUAG